AUGAAGGUCGCUAUUAAAGAAUGGAAUGCCGUCGCUACUUGGCAUUGGAAUAUCCCCGAGGACGAGGUGUGUGGCAUCUGUCGUGUCCAGUUCGAUGGCACCUGUCCAACCUGCAAAUUCCCCGGCGAUGACUGCGCACUUGAAUUCGAAUGGAAGGACAAGGAAUAA